UCAGUGUAUGCAGCUGUAUAACCCGUUUUACAGCUAAGUUUAUACGUAUGGAUAAUUAUAUUAUUUACCCUAACCAUGCGUUUAGCAUAGAAUUUAGGUGUAGGAGGCAUGUCCUAAGGUCCGGGGGUUUUGCCCGGCGUUAAAAAUCAAAUCACAUCGUCGAAACCUUUCACGCUAACGUGCACAAUCUACUACUACUGGCCCACGUCAGGCUUAUCCUCCGAGUGGGCCCAGGGCGUAAACCCCCAGCAUGGGAGGCCUAAUAUCUAGCCGAAAGACUGUUAUAAAGCUAGCUAGCAUACCUAAACUCGAGAUGCAUCUCCCCACAUACUCGAUUUCGCGAAGAUGGCCGUGUCCCUGGAAUUGCCGCCGAUAUUUGCUCUACUUCAGGUUCCGCUGAUAUAUCUGGUCAACAUCGUUGCCCUCGCUAUCGGGCCGAGACAUCAAUUCCUCCGCGUCUUGAUCAGUCUGCCAGCAGUUGUUCUCCUCCUCUGUCAGGGUCUUUACCGGGAAGGGGAUAGUCCCUGGGCCAUACAGUAUGGCAUGAACUGCGCGGCGUUGAGUGCCACGCUCACGUAUGUAGAUUGGACCCUGUUGUGUAGCCCAGACAAGGAGGGGUGGUAUAAGAUUCAGUACAACAAGCCAGUAGUCACUGGAAAAGAGAAAGAGAACAGCAAGACGAAUGGGUUGGGGAAGAAGAGUAACGAGGCCGUCGUACCCGUUGGGUUUCGGAGCAGAUUGUGGUGGGGUGUUCGACUGGCGACGACAAAUCGAUAUGUUGGGUGGUCGUGCCAAGUCAAAAAUGUGCCCGUACAAGUCGAUGCGGAUUAUCCACGAUUGCGCUUCGUAGCUCGCAAAUCCCUUAAAGCCAUCUUCUUAUAUUUGGUAAAAGAUGCUCUCUUCUCAUACACCGCAUCCACCCCGCACGGCUCCUGGACGGACAUACUUUCCGUCAAACCCGCUAUUAGCUACAGUUCGUACCCCUUUUGGCAUCGCUUUUGGUACGCUUGGGUAAACCUCGCCAUGACAUGUGUGAGUAUGGAGAUGCUCAACUCCGCGUACGGCGCUGUGAGUGUGGCGACGGGGUUGGCGAAUCCGAGGGACUGUCCUAGUACCUUUGGAGAUGUGAGGAAGAUGACAAGCGUGAGAAACACAUUUUCAACUGUAUGGCACCAACAAUGCCGCCGCAUAUGCUCUGCACCAGGGAUCUUCAUCGUGCGCGACGUACUUCAUCUCCCAAAAGGAUCUCUCGCUUCAGGAUACAUUCAGCUGUUCAUAGCAUUCAGCCUUUCAGGGCUUGUGCACGGGGGAGCUUCGAUGCUUAUUCAUCGCUCGUUUAACGAUGAUAGAGCAUAUGCAUUCUUCAUCAGCCAAGCGAUGAUCAUUAUUAUUGAGGGUCAUUUUAUCGUCCUAGGAAAGCAUCUAGGGCUGAAAGACUCGCUAUUUUGGCGGUGCAUAGGAUUCUUUUGGACCGUGUUCGUAAUUGGGGCGAGCUUUGAUUUAGUGUCCAGUAGGACCAAUGCGCAUGGGAUGUGGAUCCAUGAUCGUGAGCGCGACUGGUUUGGUAUUGGGCCCAAAGUCGUUCCGUAGGACAUCAUUCGUUUAAAAGACUCCAGUCCUCUUCAAGUGAGCUAGCGAUACUGAUGUUGGAGCCGUACC